AUGUCUGCUCUGCAAGCCGUCAAACGGUUUCGAAUACGGGAGCUGGGACCUACUGCUCUACAAAGUCCCGCUCUCGUGAAACCAGCUCCCAAAACCAAAUUAUAUCCUAGCUCGGCAUCCUCAUCGCGCAACAAGGUUCCAGUUGCUAGCAUAGAGAAUCCAUUUAUCCCAAAGCUCAACCCAAAGACAGGCAGAUGGGCACCACCAAAGUACUCCCUGCGCCAACAGGCUUCUCUUAUCAAGAAAGCUCGCGAAUCUGGCACGCUUGGGUUUCUGCCUCCUGGCCCUAAAAUUUCGGUAGUAGAAAUUGCUGCUGCUGCUGCUGCUGUUUCUGGGCAGGCUAUUGUUCCAGGUUCCUCGGCUUCAGUAAAACCUCGAGUUCUAAAUGCUGUUGCACCGUGGAUGCGCCAAAUAGAAUGGACAGGUGAAGUGAAGGAGAAGAAAGUUCUUGGUGCGGAAGUUGGGAACAGAUUGUAUGCAGGGAAGAAGCGAAUGUUCAAGGGGCACAAGUGGCAGCGUAUUGCAGAGAAGAGGGAGAAACAGAGGGCGUUACUCAUGCGCAGUAUGCCCAAGCGUAUCAGAGAGUAUAAGCAGUAUUACAAGAGGCGACGUCCACACCCUCUCAAACCUCCCCGCACCGCUAAGAAUGCGAAGCUUCCGUUCUAG